GAUCCGGCCUUUUAUCGUAAUGGAAUCCGUAGUGAGAGCAGUGAGCAUGGACGAAGAGGCGCACCACGACGCCAUGGUGGCCAAAGUCGCUUCGGCCUUCGUCCUCGGCCUCUCAGCCCUGACCUGCUCCUGCGUGCCGUUCUGUCUGAUCCGGAAAUGCAGCAGCUCCAGCACGGGGAAAAUCAGCACCACCGCCCAGAAGACGAUGGACAUGUUGCUCCGCUUCGGCGGAGGGAUCCUCAUCGCGACGACGUUCCUCCACCUCCUACCGGAAGUACGAGAAGGCACCGAAGAGCUCGUCGAGACUCACGCCUUUCCGACGUGGCCUGUCGCGAUACCGGAGCUGGUCAUGUGCAUCGGUUUCUUCAUUAUGUACUUCGUAGAGGAAUGUGCCCACAUCUGCCUCAUGAAAGGAGGAAAUCACGGAGAGGGCCACAGUCACGCAAUUUCUGGAACUCCGCUCCGAGGGAUCCUUAUCGUCAUAGCGCUCUCGGUUCACCAGAUCUUCGAGGGUCUUGCAGUAGGUCUUGAGGAAGGCGACUCCAAGACGGUCUGGAUGGUGACAUCAGCGAUAGCAGCUCACAAAUUGGUUAUCGCAGUGUGCGUCGGUGCGGAAAUGGCCUUCGCGAGAACCAACACCCUCACCAGGGCGAUCUGCAUCGCUACAUUCGCCAUAGCGACUCCCCUGGGGAUCGCGAUCGGGAUCGGUCUUUGGUCCGGCAAUGCGGACAACGAUGUGACUACCGGAUGCGUAUCUGUGAUACUGCAGGGUCUGGCCACAGGUACUCUGCUCUAUGUCGUCUUCUUCGAAGUCCUGUCCAACACCAAAGAGGAGAGUAAUUUUCUUCAAUUUUUCGCUACGGCCGUCGGCUUCGUCCUUAUGCUCAUCUUAGUGAUCUUCUUCAAAAGUUAAACAUCGGAUGCAAUUAUUCAAAUAAAAACUAUGACAAAUACACGAUGCCAGAAAAAUUCGGCGUUCAUAAAUUAUAAUAAAAUAAAUAUGUUUUGUGUUUAUACUA